CACCCACUCACCCACCACGCAAUUCCCCUCCCCUCUCCAGGUCUCCUCCCGAAACCCCCAAUUCGAAAAUCGAUUUGGGGAUUUCGGCGUCCCAGAUCCGCUCCUCCGGCCGGUUCGCUCGGCCGCACGUCCGAUCCGCGUCCGCGGCCGCCGUCGGAGCUGCUGACCGGCCCGCGGCUCGAUUCGUCCGGGGGAUUUGUUGCGGGGGCUCUCGCUUGCUCCCGAUGGCGUCGUCCCCGGUCUCCUACUGGUGCUACCACUGCAGCCGCUUCGUGCGGGUCUCCCCGGCCACCGUCGUCUGCCCCGACUGCGACGGCGGCUUCCUCGAGCAGUUCCCGCAGCCUCCGCCGCCGCGCGGCGGCGGCGGCAGCGGCCGGCGCGGGGCCAUGAACCCGGUGAUCGUGCUGCGGGGCGGCUCGCUCUCCGGCUUCGAGCUCUACUACGAGGACGGCUCCGGCGACGGGCUGCGGCCGCUGCCCGGCGACGUCUCGCACCUCCUCAUGGGGUCGGGGUUCCACCGCCUGCUCGACCAGUUCUCGAGGCUGGAGGCUGCCGCGCCGCGCCCGCCGGCGUCCAAGGCCGCGGUGGAGUCGAUGCCGUCCGUGACGGUCGCCGGGGGAGGCGGGGCCCACUGCGCGGUGUGCCAGGAGGCCUUCGAGCCCGGCGCCGCGGCUCGGGAGAUGCCGUGCAAGCACGUCUACCACCAGGACUGCAUCCUCCCCUGGCUCUCCCUCCGCAACUCCUGCCCCAUCUGCCGCAGCGAGCUUCCGGCGGCAGCCGUGCCUGAGGCGGAGGCGGAUGCCGGGCUCACCAUCUGGCGACUCCCCCGCGGCGGAUUCGCCGUUGGAAGGUUCGCCGGCGGGCCCAGAGAGCAACUGCCGGUUGUCUACACGGAGCUGGAUGGUGGUUUCAGCAACGGCGUCGGGCCGAGGCGGGUGACAUGGCCAGAAGGAGAAGGGCAGGUGGACGGCGGCGAAGGUCGGAUUCGCCGUGUAUUUAGGAACCUGUUUGGGUGCUUUGGCCGGGGCGGCCGGCCUGAGAGUUCCUCGCAGUCCCGUAGUGGCUGAGCAAUGUUCUUCCUGGUAACUCACUUUCAAUUGAUGAUAGUGGUGAAUAAGUAGGAGUUAGUAUAAGGAGGAAACCCCAGGUGGUGAGUUAUUGGUUAGUUUGAUGUAAAUGAAGGGCUUGCAUUCCCCACCUUUUGUCUCGUUUUAAGAAUUCAGAGUUGGCCAUGAGCAAACUACUCAGAAAUGAAAUUUGAUAGCAAAUCAGGAAGAACAAGCCCAAGCCUUUAAGAAUGGGAGAGCAGUGAAUUAUGGGGGAAAUCAGUCACUGGCAAUAUUCUAGGCAAAGAGAACAAUUGGUGUUCUCACUUCUGUAUUGUUUGUGCAUAUACUGGAUUCGUUAAGAUAAAUUUCGAUUUUGCAUUA